AUACCCGGUACCAUUCAUUGUUGUCUCAAUACUGCUAACCUGCAUACUUUCAUCCGGCAUCUUUCUCAAAUUUGAAAUUGUCAGAGGAGUGCAUUACUUAUAUACACCGCUACAGGCUCAAUGGAAGUUAGAAGAUCAGGUAUUUCAGGAUAGCUGGGCCAGCAAAGAUGAUCAGUUUUAUCCAGGUAAAGAUAUAUUCCGCAGAAAAAGCAUUUAUCUUCUUAUACUUGCCAAAGAUGGUGGUAACAUCUUACGAGUGCCUCAUACUGGUGAAUUCAUGAAACUUCUCGAUUGGAUUGCUAAUGAAACCUUUACUACUAUUGAUGGAUUACAGUACACUUAUCGUAAUAUAUGUUUGCAUUACCAUGGUAAAUGUUUCGAAGAUAUGCAUGCCCGUUUUAUAGCCGAUAUAUUUCAUCGUAGUGAUCAGAAUCAUUUCAAUAUCACUUAUCCAUUAUUUAACUCACAAUUUUCAACCGAACCAAUUGAUCUAUCAGAAACACUUGGUGGAGUACAAAAAGAUUCCAAACAACGAAUCCAAACAGCAAAAGCUUGGAUAAUUCUUUAUCAACUGCAGCAAAACUCUGAGCUUAGUCAAAAAUUGAGCUUGGAUUAUGAAAAUUCAUUAAGUAAUCGAAUUGAAGAGAAAACCGUUCCGAUAGAAUUACUCAAUUUAUUUGCCUUUCAUUCGGAUAUUUUUGAAAUGGAACUUAUUAAAAGUAGUCAUCUCAUCGCACCAAAAUUUGCUUAUACUUUUCUGCUACUAGUAAUAUUUUCGGUAUUAUGCACUUUCAAUAUAAUCACUUUCUCAAUCCCGAAUUGUUCCAAAUCAUUAUUUAUUAUCGAUUGGCUUAAGUCUAAGCCACUGCUGGGACUUGUCGGCGUAAUCGUCAGCUUGAUGGCUAUCAUAUCGGCAAUUGGUUCACUCCUACUUUUAAGCGUUCCGUUCGUUGACAUUGUGAUAAUGAUGCCAUUUCUUAGUCUCACGGUUGGUAUCGAUGACACUUUCCUGAUAUUAGCUGCUUGGCAUGAUACAAAUUCGAAUCUCUCCGUAGAGGAUCGUAUCAAAGCAUCCAUGCAACAUGCUGCCGUAUCAAUUGCUGUAACAUCAAUAACAGAUAUUACAGCUUUCCUUGUUGGUGCUAUUGCACCGUUACCAGCUGUAAUCUAUUUUUGCUACUAUUCUGCUGCAGCAAUAGCUUUCACUUUUUGCUAUUCUUUAAGUGCUUUUGUUGCGUUUUUAGCAAUUUUCGGAAGACUGGAAGAAACACACCGAAAUAAUUUGUUUUAUAUUAAAACAGUUCCGUUUAAUGAAUACGUAAAAGCUUCGAGAUUGCAGAAAAUUUUUAAUAUGACUGGAUGUAAAUGUGAAAAUGAUGCAAUUCCAAUGCAUUCUCAGAAAACGGAGUCAUGCAACACACAGCUUGGGUAUCGUCAGUUCAUCAGGAAUUAUUACGUACCAUUUCUUACCUGUCGAGCAACUCGAAUUAUUGCAUUUAUCAUGUUCAUUAUCUAUCUUUUCAUAGCGGUAAUUGGGAUCAAACAGUUGAAAGUUGGAUUUGAUGUAACCAAUCUUCUUAGAGUUAAUUCGUCAGCCAAAAAAUUUCUGGAAUUGCAAGGAGAAUUUUUCAAAUACAAAAUGCCGGCAAUUGAAAUAGCGGUUAUGAAACCACCCGAUAUGUCUCAAAAAAGUGACAGAAUUAGAUUCUUGAAAGUUCUGGGAGAAUUUGAAAACACCAUUUGUAGUACUGGAAGACAUACAACGAAAUUCUGGUAUUUUGCCUACAAACGUUUUAUUAAUGAUCUUGGAUUUGAUGAUCAAUCUUGGGAUCUUUUACAAAAUGACAAAGAGGAAUUCGAGCAAAAUUUACAGCCAUUUUUGUUGACCAAUGACAAAUAUCGUUAUGAUAUUUUAUUGCAUGACAAUGGAACGAUACGGGCAUUUCGAUUGUCCACUCAAAUUAUUGACAUACCAACUUAUUCUUCACAACUAGUCCUUCAAUGUGCCGAGGAAAUGAGAAGUAUAGCAAAGAAAUACGAAAUGCAAUACAAUAUCACAACGUAUUCCCUUUUAUGGCAAUUAGCCGAUCAGCUAAGUGUAAUGUGGCCACAAACAUUGCGAGAUUUAUUCACUUCCAUUGUGGUAAUAUUACCAAUUUCAUUAUUAAUAAUUCCUCAACCAUUUUGUGCGCUUGCGAUUGCAUUAACAGUGGGAUCAAUUGCAUUGGGAAUAAUGGGAUUUAUGGCAUUUUGGGAUGUAAAUUUGGAUGCUAUCUCAAUGAUAACAAUUGCAAUGUCUGUUGGAUUUAGCGUUGAUUUUGCAAUUCAUAUCACUUAUAGUUACAUAUCACAAAGUGAUAACCAAUCGAGGAAAAAAAAUGUUCCAUAUGAACGAUUAUGUGGAACAUUAGAAAUAGUUGGUUGGCCUGUUUUACAAGCAUCGAUAUCGAUUUUACUUGGCAUUUUACCAUUGGCUACAAUAAAUUUGUAUGUUGUUCAAGUAUGUUUCAAAACUGUCACGCUUAUCAUCGUUAUCGGAAUUGUACAUGCACUUCUGUUUCUGCCGUUGUUUCUAAUGCAAGUUCAUAUAUUCUAUCUGUGCUUUAAGUCAUAUAGAAGAGUGAAAUAA